GACUUGACUUUCUCACUCUCCUCCCUAGUCCCGUCCCUUUUUACCCACAUGACAUUGACAUGAAACUGUAACCUAAAAAUUCUAGAAAUUCUGUGAUAAUUUAAUUUAUGAAGUGAAAAUGACUAUAUCCAACAUAUUCCGUUUAGCCAGCGUUUUAAGAGGGUUAAAAAAUGGAAAUGUGUCACAAAUCGAGAAAUUCUCGUCCCAAAUUAAGGGUGCAGACCACAAGGCAUUGGAAAAGAUUAGAAACAUCGGUAUAUCUGCUCACAUAGACUCCGGAAAAACCACCCUUACCGAAAGAAUAUUAUUUUACACCGGAAGAAUAGACCAAAUGCACGAGGUCAAGGGCAAAGACAAUGUGGGUGCAGUCAUGGACUCCAUGGAACUGGAGCGUCAACGAGGAAUCACCAUUCAGUCUGCCGCCACUUAUACUAUCUGGAAGGAACACAACAUCAACAUCAUCGACACACCGGGCCAUGUGGACUUUACUGUAGAAGUUGAGAGAGCUUUGAGAGUGUUGGACGGAGCAGUUCUAGUGUUAUGUGCCGUUGGUGGAGUACAGAGUCAGACACUAACAGUUAAUAGGCAAAUGAAGAGGUAUAAUGUACCAUGUUUAGCAUUUAUAAACAAACUGGAUAGAUUGGGUGCUAAUCCAGUCAGAGUAAUCAAGCAAAUGCGUUCCAAAAUGAACCACAAUGCCGCAUUCCUACAACUCCCAAUGGGCUUAGAGAAAGAAUGCCAUGGUAUCUUAGAUUUGAUAGAAGAGAAAGCUAUUUACUUUGAAGGGGAUUAUGGAGACAAGAUCCGUUAUGAUGAAGUACCGCAGGACCGAAGAGCAGAGGUUAAGGAGAGGAGGCACGAGUUGAUUGAACAUCUGUCUAAUGUUGAUGAAGCUUUGGGUGAAAUAUUCCUUGAAGAAAAAGUACCAACCAUACAAGAUAUAAAGCAGGCUGUACGCCGGACCACUCUCCAAAAGACCUUCACACCGGUCCUCGUUGGUACAGCUUUGAAGAACAAGGGAGUCCAACCAUUAUUGGACGCAGUUUUAGAGUACUUACCGCAUCCAGGUGAAGUGGAAAACACUGCGAUUCUAAACGAGAAUAAGGAUGGCGAGGGUCAAACUAUAGUUUUGGACCCAGCAAGGAGUGAUAGCAAACCAUUUGUGGGCUUGGCUUUCAAGUUGGAAGUCAGUAAAUUUGGUCAGCUGACGUAUUUGAGGUGUUAUCAGGGUAUGCUUAAGAGAGGAGAGAAUAUCUUUAAUGCGAGGACAGGGAAGAAGGUAAAAAUCUCUCGUCUAGUCCGCAUGCACUCAAAUAACAUGGAAGAAGUCAACGAGGUAAUGGCCGGCGAUAUCUUCGCGUUGUUCGGUGUAGAUUGCGCGUCCGGUGACACUUUUGUCAACGAUGGCAAGCUACAACUAUCAAUGGAAUCGAUACACGUACCUGAUCCAGUUGUGUCCAUGUCUAUCAAGCCAAAGAAUAAUAAGGAUAGAGAUAAUUUCUCCAAGGCCGUUGCUAGAUUUACAAAAGAAGACCCUACAUUCCAGUUCCGCUACGACCCGGACAACAAAGAGACGAUUGUCUCCGGUAUGGGAGAGUUGCACUUAGAGAUAUACGCGCAGAGGAUGGAGAGAGAGUACAACUGUGUUGUGGAGCUCGGCAAACCUAAGGUGGCGUUUAGAGAAACAAUGAUGUCGCCUUGCACAUUCGACUAUCUUCACAAGAAGCAGUCCGGAGGUGCUGGUCAGUUCGCCAGAGUCAGUGGCAUCAUGGAACCUCUGCCGCCUCAUCAAAAUACAUCUCUAGAAUUCAUUGAUGAGACGAUAGGAACGAACGUACCCAAGCAGUUUGUACCUGGCGUAGAGCGAGGGUUCCUGGACACGUGCCUUAAGGGUUACCUGUCCGGACACAAAGUCUCCGGCGUCAAGUUCCGUCUGCAGGACGGUGCUCAUCACGUGGUGGACUCCAGUGAGCUGGCCUUCUUCUUGGCUGCUAAGGGCGCGGUGAAAGAAGUAUUCGACGACGGCGCCUGGCAGAUUCUCGAGCCAAUCAUGUUUGUGGAAGUGGUGAUGCCUGAGGAGUUCCACGGCACUGUGAUAGGCCAGCUCAACAAGAGAGGCGGGAUCAUCACUGGCACGGAAGGAUCAGAAGGCUGGACUACUGUGUACGCUGAAGUGCCUCUUAAUAACAUGUUUGGAUAUGCCGGUGAACUUAGAUCAAUGACACAAGGUAAGGGUGAAUUCAGCAUGGAGUACAGCAGAUACUCCCCCUGCCUCCCCGACGUUCAGGAACAGCUGAUCAGGAAGUACCAAGAAGAGAUGGGCAUUGCCCCCGACCAGAAGAAAAAGAAGAAGAAUUAACCGCCUAGAUAAAUGUUUAGAGUAAUUUAUUGUAUUUUUAUUUUAAGGCGAAUUUAGUGUAAUAUAUUAUAUCGUAAUUUUUAACA